AACCUAACGCUCCAGUACGGGGUUAGUCAUCAGCUGCAACAUGGGUGCGCUCAGUUAUAUAACCGGACUUGCAGUGUUUUUCCUGGAAGGCGUAGGCGCCUACCGAUGUAAGACAAGCAACUACCCAGGAUACAAGUACUGUGCUCACGGCUGUUGUGGCAGCGGCUACGGAGUAUAUUGCUGCGCCUACGUGAACAUAUCCCUCAUCAUAGGAUGUAGUGUGGCUGCUGUCUUCUCCAUCGCUAUCGCCAUUGGUGUCGUCGUUGCCUGCUUCAAGUCAUCAAGUAGACAAGGCCGAGCGGUCGGCGGUCACCCUGUCGGCGCAACAACUGUGAUGGCAACUACAGCUUCUUCCCAACAUGGCGGAUGUACAGCCCAGAUGGUCCAGCCUCCAGCCUACAACGAUGCCAUCACUCAAGGCCCCGCCUCAUACCCCCCUCCCCCGCCAUACAGCUAUCCACAGCCUGUAUACCCUAAAUAGAAAAUUUGUUUGCCGUCUCAGAAUGAUAUACCGGAAGUCAUCACCGCUGAUCAAUAUGUCCUUAUGCCAUUCAUUUUACGCUUCCUGUAUUUAGUAUCUGACGUAACGCAUUUAUUAAAUUACAAAGUGGCAUACUCAAAUCUAAAUACCGAAAUCGAUUAUGUAAUGACAUGAUUUGUAUAAGAACUAUUCCAAGGCAAUAUUUUUCUGACUUUCCUUUUAACUGCUGCCUUUGUUUACUCGCAGAUAGUAUGAUUUUUAUUUUGUUUGUUGUUUAACGA